AUGUGGGACCGCCUCGUCUCCUACCUCACCACCUUCUGGCUCGGUGCUGCCGUGCUCGUCGCCGCUCUCUACAUGGUAUCCUUCGUCGUGCCUAAAGCGGCCUUCGUGGCCCGCGCUCUCACCGGCUAUCUCUGCUUGCUGAUCGCCUCGUGCAUGGGUCUCCUCAUAUGCAUCGUCUUCCGCCUCUUCGGUAUCGCUGGGAGCUCGCAGUGGGCUGCCGGCCGCGUUUUCAAGUACGCCAUGUACCUGACUACCGGCGUCACCUUUGAAAUCAUCGACCCGCACGGAGUGCUGGAUAACACCCGCCCGGCCGUCGUGGUCGGAAACCACCAGACCGAGCUCGACGUGCUGAUGCUCGGGUGCAUGUUCCCGCGCAACUGCACCGUGACGGCCAAGGCGUCCUUGAAGAAGAUUCCUUUCCUCGGCUGGUUCAUGGCCCUUAGCAAGACCAUCUUCAUCGACCGGGGAAAUGCAAAGGAUGCCAGGCAGGCCUUGAAGGGUGCCGGUCAGGAGAUCGCUAGGAGGAAUCAGAGUGUUUACGUUUUCCCCGAGGGCACGAGGAGUUAUAGUAGCGAACCUAUGCUGCUUCCUUUCAAGAAGGGCGCUUUCCACCUCGCCGUCGAGGCAGGGGCCCCCAUUGUGCCCUGUGUUGUGGCUAACUACAGUCACAUUUUUUCGAUCAAGGGACUUGUUUUCAGGUCUGGCAAGAUUCCCGUCAAAGUUUUGGCGCCUAUCCCGACUAAGGGUCUUACGUCUGCUGAUGUCGAGGACUUGGCGACAAAGACUCGUGAGAAGAUGCUUGAGGAGCUUAUUACUCUCUCAGCCGAGGCCAAGGGAACUGUUCCUGCCGCGAUGAAAGUUGCUGCUGCUUCGAAAUGA